AUGUCAUCCGGAGAUCCAUUUUCGUUUUCACAACCAUCUGGGGGUACGUCGAAAAAAGUGGAGCUGAACAAUGAGCAAAUUCAUGCGCUUUUGAACAAACUAUCAAGUGAUGAGCAGAAAGAAUUGACCGAAAUGAUGCGAAAUUGCACUACCGAGGUAACCAUGACACGAGGAUUACCAAUCACUGGAGCCAUUCUCGGAAGUCUGUAUGUAGCAAGGCAACGGCUUCCAAUGCAAUAUCAUUUUGGACCCAAAGGAUGGCCAUUUUAUGCAAUUAUGGGAGUUGCCUCUCUAACUGCUUCCAAUCUCUUGUUCAUGGGAACUUGCCGAGAUAGAAUCAAACCAAGAAUAGAUCAAUUGUGGAAGAAAUAUGAUCUUUCUAGCUCUUCCACGAACUAUGAAGAAAUUCGUCGUCAAAAUCGAGUGCAUUCUGAAACUCCAGCCCGCAGAGAUCCACGUCAACCUGAAUCAGUUACGACUACUCAAGGAAUAGAGAAACCUAACCCUUACGAUUACACCUACACAAUUCCUUCUACUGAAGAGAAUACUUCUUCAUAUGGCGACUCGUUCACUUCUUAUAAGCCUCUAGUCGGAGAAACUUCUGAAUUCCAACAGUCUCCCCGUGUCCGCCAGGUUUCACCUCCAAUAUCCUCGUCUUUUACUGAUUCUGAAUCGAGUUUUAUGUCCGGAACACCUUCAGGACCGUCUUCCUCUUCUUCCGAUAAGAGCCAAGGAUAUUCAUUCUCGUAA